AUGGAGCGACGUGGAUACCUGUUGAAUGACUCUACUGGGCGCAAGGAGUAUUUCGUGUUGCGGAAAGGUGUCUUGCGGAGUUACAGGUCGGAUCGCGGUGAAUUAUUGAAACAGAUCCACUUGGCUCACUCAGGUGAGGUGAAUUUACUCCACGAUGGGGUGUUGGAAAUCAAAGCGCAUUCGCCCUACACGUGGGAGUACACGCUGGUGGCAUCGACUGAGGAAGAUGCGGAACACUGGUAAUAAGACAUCACUUCUAUGUUGAAAAUCAGGUGCGGAACACUGGCAGUAUAAGGCAUCACCUCUAUGUUGAAUUAUAACACUGGUAGUAAGACAUCACUUCUAGUUCUAUGUUGAACUAUUUUUGACGUUCUUGUUGAGAUCAAAACUUCUCAGACUCUCUUUCUAUUCUUAGUGCUAAAUUUUCUUACUGAUCGUGGAUUGUCGCUGUUACAAGCACGCUCCAUCGCCUGUUCGAAUUUACCAAGGAACUCAAGAACCCGUGUUCCCUCAUUGUUUUCACAAACCACAGGUACGACCUCUAACUGAAUAAGAGAAUCACAAACCACAGGUACGAUCUCUUCCAGAACUGCAUAAUAGAAUCGCAGAAGAGUAUACAGAACAUGAUCGAACUUCUGCGAAACGGAGCCCAGCUUGUGAAGUACAACUACUCAAACUACAAGCGAACGCGGCGUUUGUUUUGGAUAUCAGACAACGGAGAUGAACUCAGGAUAUGGCAGGCAGCCUUAUUGUAUUACUUAGAUCUAAGCAGGUCAAGCCUUAUUGUAUUUGUAUUAAUUAGAUCUUUCUAAGGUUAACAUUCAGAACAACAAGAACUUUGAAUACAUACAUUAUAGAUUGUAGAUCAUUUUUGAAACUACACGCUGCUGCAGAUUGCUUCUGGUGAUGUGAAGACUUCUUUUUCCACCGCUCUUUGGGUACAUUUACCGCUCUUCGGUAGCAGUAAAAAAAUGCACAUAAAACACCCACCAAACUAAGAACCUGACCUUUCAUGCUGCUGGGGCAAGCAGAAGAGUCUGACCGACUAUAGCAAGGUCGAUUUGCGCGAUUGCAUAGGCAUUAUCUACGGUCCGGUCACUACAACGUUCGUACGCUGCCAAGAGACCGGAAAGGACGCUCCAUAUUGCUGUUACGGUGAAUUAAUCAUGUGUUACAGUUAUAGAGUAUUAUAAUGAGUAAUUUCUCGACGAGAAUUCUCGUGUUUGGUGGCACAGCAUUUUUAAGGUUAAACAAGAUGUUUACGGACUCUGUUUGGAAGUUAAAGAUGUACAGGUCGUCGUGGAUAUUCAUGUGCUUGUUGAGAUGCGCAUGCGGUGAGGUGAAAAUAAAGAUUCUACGUAAAUGUCCUAUAAUGAUCAUCUUCUUCUUUCAUUAAUUCGAGUCUCCUUGUUCUCUAAUUUCCUUUCUCCCUCCUCUUUAUGGGACGAACGCUGGAUCUCGCAAGCUACGGAGAUAUGAUCAACAUCUGGUUUCUCGGCUUGCAGUACCUCAUAAGUAGGUACGGGACAGGAGGACAGUCGAUGCCGGUCCUCUCAGAUUCCCAAUUCGUCGUCAAAAAAGGCCAGUACAAGGUGAUGGAGCGCGCUCACCAGUUGGGUGUCACUUACAUUUAAGGAGAUCAUUUGCUUUUCUUCGAAGAUGCUUCAUCAGCUCUCUUUGUUGCCAUUUCUUCAGCUUCAGCUUUCGUUCAUCUCGUGGAGGUCUAUUUAAGAAAGUACUUAUGUUGUGCAUGUGGAUUGAUGUAGUACUCCUCUCUAUCUAUAACUAUGUGGAUUGGCAUCAGGAUUGAUGUACUCUCUAUCUAAGUACUUAUGUGGAUUGAUGUCCCUCAAGUACGUAGGAUAUACGACCAGUGGAAACCGAAAUGACCCUCAGGAGGAGCAAGGUUUAUUUGUACAGAAAUACAGUUAGAUAUUAUAGAGUAGGGGUAAGAACUGAUCUAAUACAUGCGACAUUUGGUGCUGUCAGUGAAAGAGAUGGGUGGAAUGUAUGCUGGGGAUUCUGAGCAGUUUUGGAGGCAUAGCAUAAGGGCAUUUGGUGCUGGCGGUAGUCCCUACAAACCGCCACCUAGGAUUAUGGCUUUUUGUUGGGGUCCAAACCUAGUAGAAGUCAGUGGCAAGAUUUCUUUUCAAGGGAAAACGCUGUACAAGGAUCAUAGCUGGAUACCAAGAUCGGGAUUCAGGCACACUCUAAAAGAAGUCCAGACGCUCGGUCGAAGUUGCCAGUGCCUAAGCAGCUACCUGGUGUGCGAAGUGCCGAUAACGUGAAGCGGACAAAGGAUGAUGAUGCACCGAUGGCUAAUUUAUGAAUGCGGAUCUUAUCUUUAUAAUGAAUACCAACUGCACAAAGUGACUGUUAUUUCUCUUCUUGGUCGCACAGUGCACUGAUGUACCAGCAACUACCUGAAGAUUAAUAAAGCAAUGAUGAUAGAUAAUACUUGAUAAUAUAUAGUUAGAUAAUACUCACAGUCUGUCACACUGUGUUUGGUUUUUGAGCGUGAGUAAAAAUGGUUUUCCGUCUGUAUUGAUGCUUGGCUGAUGAGUUUUCCUUCAUCCCCUGGCAACGGUGUAGCCACCUCCGGCGGUAAGAACACAGAGGCGCUGGAACUAGAGAUCCAACGUCUCCAGUCCGAGAACGAGAGGCUGAAAGCUACUAGUGGAGACAUCAGCGGAGACGGAAGUACUGCUCUGAAAUUCAUGGAAGAGCGGUGCCGGGAUCUGGAAGGUCAGGUGAUAAACAUGCAGCAGCAGAUUAAGCAGCAACAGCAUAGCAGCUCACAUUAAGGCUUGACCAAUCUAUUGGUCACUGAGGUUGGUCACUGUGGUCACCAUUUAGAUUGGAGUGGUCACUCUGAUCGAAGAGGUGACCCCUUCGUGAGAGAACCAACAGGGGAAAUUAAUGGGGAGAGCUUGUUCGAAGGUGGUCUCUUCCGUUCGGCAUCAGUGACCACUGACUGCUGACCUUUAAGCACAAGAUGGCACAACGUUGUCAAAUUUGCGGAAACAAGUGGAGCAGUACCAAGCAGAACUGGCGACUGAAAAUUAUGACUACAUUUUUGACAUUGUUUACUAGGUGAACAAAAAAACGCGAUUGCUCAAGAUCUUUAUAAUUAUAGCAGGAGAAAGUCACACUCAUCGUCAUCUCAAGCACUGUUCUCUCCGCUUCAAAGCUUAUUAUAGAGGAAAAUGAGUCUCCUAGUCCCAUAGUCUUCAAAGUUCUCGACUUGCACUCCUCCUCUAAGAUCAAGGCGGUCGUCGUCGUGGUGAGACGAAGGUUACAGAACUGGAGAACCAACUCACCGCACUGACAUCCGAAAAGACUUCCUUAGAAGCCACUGUGGCCACACUUGAGACAAGAUUGCAGAACGAGGCGGCUGCCGCAAUAGAGUUUAUGGAUCAUCCGCAUCCCUGUAGGAUCUGUUGUUGCAAGUAUCUGUUGUUGUAAAUUAGACUUGAUUUUUAGAAGUGGUCGUCGCUUCAUGACUUAAUUUUUAGAAGUGGUCGUCGCUUCAUUUCUUCUAUCAUGUGUAAGUAAGUACUAUAUGCUUGUACAACUACAACAAGAAUCAUGCUCGUCUUGUUGUUCUUGUGACUGUGACGAGAGCACAGUUAAAAAUAAUGUUUCUAGAUUGUCUCGACCUCCAUCCAUCUCCUAUUUUAUUCCUUCUUUAGUCCAUCUCGUCUUCAUACCAACGAAGACAUCUGUGUUAGAGCGAGCGAACAACGAGCAAGCCCAGCGCAUUGAGGAGCUCACCGUGGAGUGUGGCCAGGUGUCGAAAGCCCGUGACGACCUUGCAGCGAAAAACGAAGCCCUCCGAAAGCAGAUAUCAGGCAAUGAGGAACAGAAAAGCAAACUUCGCAACCUAUUUUUAUGGGACGAUACACUUUGUUACAACUCGGAUUGUAAAGCUAUAAAGUGAUGUAGAUGUUGCUGUUGGUGUUGCACUAGGGGGCGGAAGAUAUCUGUUGCACUAAAUGAGGUUCUGAAAAAGAUUCAUCCUUUGCUCUAAUCUGCGUCUCUCUCCUGAGCAAGGCCAAGGACCUGCAGAUCCUACAGACAGAGCUGAAGUCAGCCGUAAGCGUUGAAUUGAGACAGUUCCAGGACAGCUACUUCGUUCCGCUGGGGCGUGGCGUGAAGUCUAUGGGCAACAGUAUUGCCAACAUGCAGGACUCCUUCAAGAAUGUGCAAGCCGAACGCAGACGUUUGCAUAAUAUGGUGCUGGAAUUGAAGGGAAAUAUUCGGGUACUAUUUAUAUUUAAGUACUUACGUUCGUUCCUCCUCAUCUCCAUACUUCAAGUACAGGGUAAGUAGUGUAGUUGAAGUACGUUCCCCCUCAUCUCCAUGCUUCAGACAUCAAGUACAGGGUAAAUCUAGUGUUAUUGUGCCUCACUUCAUUUGUAUACCAGAUGGAAGAACUCCCUUUAUGUUAAUCCUGAAGAACAUGUUCUUCGUGAAACAAUUCAGCCACGUCUUCGUCUUCCAUCAACAUCAAGUCCGUAGAAAAAAUUGUUCGUCUUUUAUAACAUCAAAAAUGCCAACAUAUCUACUUUAUCCAUCUGCUGGGACUAAGCAAUCGAACAUCACAACCCACCUCCAAAUGUUGAUCACAUUUCUUCCAAAAAUGAUAACUUCUUGAUGAGGUCUUUGCUCGUGUGCGACCGAUAAGCGAUAACGAGAAAGAUAGCGAACCCAAAGACGGCAAUAAGACAGUUCAGUUCAGCGAGGAAACGAAAGUGGGAAUCUACAACGACUAUGACGCCAGAAAAAAAUGGUUCGAAUUCGAUCGAUGUUUCUGGCCUGGAAGCCAACAGCAAGACUUAUGAUUUGACGAUAUAAAGAUAUCCAAGCCUCUGGCUCAGCCUUAGUACUGGAACUCGUUACGAGUAAGUAGUUCUAUGCUAUGUAAGUAAUUCAUUCCUCUAAAAUGAGGUACAGGAUUUCUAUGCUGAUGACAAUUAUGUUGCAGCACCACAAUCGGCAUAGUGGUCUCAAUGAUCGCACCUUCAUCUUCCGUAGCCAUCCUAGACAAAGACAUGUGUUAGAGUUAGUCUCCCAACUAAUCGUAAUCCCUGUUUUUAUGGAAGAUAAGUAGUCCUAUCUAGUCUCCCGCUCCCUCAAUCUGCCUAUCAUCUUGAGCAUAAUCUCCCUUCUUCGCCACGUUGAUCAUGGCAACCAUAAGCAUAAGGCCACCUCUACCCUAUCUCUCUUCGUUUUCCUUCAUAGACAAAGACAAAGACAUGUUAGUCUUCCAUCUAAUUCUAAUCCCUGUAUUUAUGGAACAUAAGUAGUCCUAGUCUCCCUUCGCCAUCUUAAGAAUAGUCUCCCAUCUUCUAACCUCUGUCUUCGUGGAGGCUGCCCCUCUCGCGACUAGUGUGCUUGAUGGUUACAACGUAACCAUUUUCGCCUACGGGCAGACCGGAAGUGGAAAGACCUAUACGAUGCGAGGGCCAAAGGAAGAUCCUGGUUUGUACACGCGAGUUCUUUCCGAGCUCUUCAAGCUUGUCGAUGAGAAGAUUAUGGUCGCAGGGUUAACAUUUGUUCAUCUGCUCGUAACCAAGUACAAGAACUUACUAGUUUGUUACUACCCAUGAUCCUCUUCAUCUCGAGUAGAUGAUGUAGUUGUAGAAGUAUUAUGUGCCCGCUGAUAACCACGUUGAAGGUUGAAUGGCUCCGGUAUUUUUGGUAUAGCCUGAAUUUGAUCAAAAGCAGGGAAAACAAGAGGAGAACCUUAUGAUCAAAUUCAGGCUACCAAAUACCAGAACCAUACAAAGGUAGACGCAUGCAUUACUCUGGUGGUCGCAGUUGUCAUCCUCAUCUCUAACUCCCAAGGGAGCAGUCGCAUCGCCUUACGACUUCAGAUUACGGAGAUCUACAACGAACAACUACGGGAUCUCCUGUCAUCGAAUACUGCUCCUUCGGGGCCGACGAAAAAAGUCGAUGUGAAACUCGGACAGGAUGGAUGUAUUGACUCUUUAUUUUGUAAUGCUGAUGCUUCUGAAGUUUGGACAUCAGGAUCAUGGAUGUAGUCUUUAUUCUGUUAAAUGUUGACGUUUCAUCUCCAUCAAGAAACUUUGACUGUCCUUCAGCCGUGAACCUGACAAAUGUCGAGGACUAUCCGGUGAAGGGGAUACAGGAUGUUUUUAAGCUGAUGAACGAAGCGGAUGCUAACAGGGCCGUCGCGUGCACCGAUAUGAACGAAUACAGUAGUCGAAGUCACCAGAUUUUGACCGUCAAGGUCGAAAACGAAUCACUGGAAACUGGGACACAGUACAUAUGCACAUUGUGACAAAAUAAAUUCAACGUGGGAAAACAAGAAGAGAACCCUUAUGAUCAAAUUCAGGUUACCAAAUACCAGAACCAUACAAAACAUCCGACAGUCAGACGUCUUUAACCCCUCUUACUUUCAAAGGUACUUCGGCAAGAUCCAUUUGAUUGAUUUGGCGGGUAGUGAGAACGUCGGCAAGAGCGGAGCAACGGGUCAGACGUUGAUUACGGCCACAUCUCUCUCGGGAAGAUCCUGAUCUUCCUUCACUCGUAUCUAAAUCUAUAGUAUGAAUGGUACUCAUCAGAAUUCCAACACGGACACAGUCCUAGUAAUUGUACUUACACCGGACAUGAUGAAGAUGCCUCUUGAGCCGCGUUUCCUUAUGAUCUAAACCAGUUUACCAAAUACGAGAACCACACAUCCCCCAGCCCGUCGAGUUCCAGCGAUGGACCACUCAAACAGUGUGCUAGCUCUAACCUACAAGAAGCGCAAAAUAUCAACAAGUCGCUUUCUGCUUUGGGAGACGUGAUCCAGAGUCUCCAGAGCAAGUCCUCCCACGUGCCAUACCGAAACUCAAAGCUUACCAUGAUGCUGAAGGAUUCGCUUUUAUGGACGAAAGGAGGGAUCAUCUAGAGGAUAGUCGUAGAACUAUGGUAGAGGUAGAAGUAGAAGUAGGUAUACGAUCAUCUAGAAGUAGGUAGAUUUACCUCUUUUACAAGUAGGUAGAUUUACUAACUUAUUUUACUUUUACAGCUGAAAUAUAAGGAGCUGCACUUGCACUUCCUCUCUGCAACUGCUGUAACAAGCCUAAAAAAAAUGUACAGAGUAUUAGUUGCAACAAGCCUAAGAACAUUGUACUUCUGAGUAUUAUCGGAGCCUAUCGCGAGAAAAAGCGUUAUCAUUAUCGUUUCUUUCUCUACACUACGUACCACCAGGGCAGUUGGUGAGGUUUCUGUUGGACGAGAAGCAAGUCCUUUUUUGAAUGAACAUAAAGCUCACCCUUCUAAUACCCGGAGGCGAUGCGAAAAUGCUCAUGAUCGUACAAUGCUCGCCUGCUCAGAGUAACGUCACGGAGACGCUAUCUACACUGACCUUCGCUGCGCGAGCACGCAGUGUUGAGCUAGGAAAAGCAAAGCGGAACGUUAGGGCUAGCGAGGCUUGAAGAUUAAUAGGGCGGCGACAGAAAGCAAACUUGUAAGUAUGAAUACUAUCAUCUUCAGGGUGUAAAAGACAGUAACAUUUUUUGAAGAAAUUUAGCAUCAAACUGAAAUUUUUGUACGCACAAGCACAAUGAUUGGAGAUCUUUAUAUAUACUUAUAGACAGACUGCAAGAAAUCUUGGGGAGAGUUGUCCCCGUAUGAGAUACCAAAUAACCGUAUUUUAGACGUAAUCAAACAAUUUAUGUACUACGCUUAUUUUCGUGAAUGAUAUUGCACAGCGUCAGCGCAUCGAUUUUGUAAUAACUUCAAAGAUGGACAACGAAGUGUCGUGUAGAAACAAUGAUUUCUUUUUCUCUAUUUCUAACAGCGAUUCAAGUUUAUUGUAGUUUCGUUUUUAUGGACCGACGAUAUUGAUUUGAACAGAUGAGGGAUGUUGUCUAAUAAAUUAGUUUUCAUCAAUCUUGCAAUAACAGCACAUGCACAAUUUUUUGAGUUGAGUAAUACGCUCAUUUUCGUUGUCGAUGGUCUUCGUCUUAAUUUGUUGUGGUGUGUCGUGGCUCUUAGCUGCUUCCCCGGUCGUAUUGAUUACUACGGUGGCUGUGGUCCUCUAACUAUGACGAAAAGAACACAUGAUCAAGGAGGGCAGCAAUUUGAAUUUAUUUGGUUGGCUACAGCCAGCAAAGUAUCUGCCCAGCUGGACGUCUGCCUCAAUGUUUUUGAGGACUUGCCGAAGGGCUUCCUCUGGGAAACCCUUCGGAGGCGCAUCCCGGAUUUUUACCGCGGUGCUAUAGAAUUCUUUGAGGUCCUUUGCCUCCGCGGCAUUGACGUCUGCCUUCCAAAGGCCAGUACUCUUGUUCUCCCCUAUUGUUUGAAAUCCAUGGAGGAUGUCGUCCGGUAGCGACGUGUCCGGAUGGCCCGUCAAUGCGAUGAGUUUUCUCAUUGCGAUGACGUUCCUUGUUUUGGUUGUCUGUAGCACCCUUUUUAGGUGCUCUGGCGCCGUAGCGUUUAUCAAGUCUGCAUUUGCUUGCUCCGUCUGCGUCUUCAGACGUCUGAACAAGGCGGUGGCUUGUUUUCUUCGUUUGGCUACCGCUGCCGGCUGUAGCUUCUCGGCAGCUAUCAGUUGUUCCCACUCGAGUGGUAGCUUUUGGCCGUAGGUCUCGAAGUGUAGUUGUGCUCGGACCCGAUUGACGAAGUUGCAGACCGCGUCAUGGAGCUCGCGGCGGUCGUUGCCGUGCUCCAUUUCUGCUUGGCUGACGUGUAGUGGCGUGGCAGUCGUCAUUUUUUGUGACUAGGCUUGGUUGGCCCCUGGGAGGAUUUUUUGUCGACUGUCGUCCAGGAACCUUCCAGAGAGCGUAUCUUUUCUCUCACCUAAGUUAACUCACCAGUUAGUAUAAUCACUUCCCCCGCAAGCUCCUCCAGUGCAUAUA